AUGUCCCACGAAGGUGAAGAAGAUUUAUUGGAGUACUCCGAUAACGAACAAGAAAUCCAAAUUGAUGCUUCCAAGGCCGCUGAAGCCGGAGAAACUGGCGCCGCCACUUCUGCCACUGAAGGUGAAAAUAAUAACAACACCGCAGCUGGUGACAAGAAAGGUUCUUACGUUGGUAUCCACUCCACCGGUUUCAAGGAUUUUUUGCUGAAGCCAGAACUAUCAAGAGCCAUUAUUGAUUGUGGUUUUGAACAUCCUUCUGAAGUCCAACAGCAUACCAUUCCUCAAUCCAUUCACGGUACCGAUGUCUUGUGUCAAGCCAAGUCUGGUUUGGGUAAGACUGCCGUCUUUGUCUUGUCUACUUUACAACAACUGGACCCUGUUCCUGGUGAAGUUGCCGUUGUUGUCAUUUGUAACGCUAGAGAACUAGCUUACCAAAUUCGUAACGAAUAUUUGAGAUUCUCCAAAUAUAUGCCUGACGUAAAAACUGCUGUCUUCUAUGGUGGUACUCCAAUCUCCAAGGACGCUGAACUGUUGAAAAACAAGGACACUGCCCCACAUAUUGUUGUUGCCACUCCAGGUCGUUUAAAGGCUUUAGUGAGAGAGAAAUACAUUGAUUUAUCUCAUGUGAAGAACUUUGUCAUUGAUGAAUGUGAUAAAGUUUUGGAAGAAUUAGACAUGAGAAGAGAUGUUCAAGAAAUUUUCAGAGCUACCCCAAGAGACAAGCAAGUUAUGAUGUUUUCAGCCACACUAUCUCAAGAAAUCAGACCAAUUUGUAGACGUUUCUUACAAAACCCAUUGGAAAUUUUCGUUGAUGAUGAAGCUAAAUUGACUUUACACGGGUUACAACAAUACUAUAUUAAAUUAGAAGAACGUGAAAAGAAUCGUAAACUAGCCCAACUAUUAGAUGAUUUAGAAUUCAACCAAGUCAUCAUUUUCGUUAAGUCUACCACGAGAGCUAAUGAAUUGACCAAACUAUUAAAUGCUUCUAACUUCCCUGCCAUCACCGUCCAUGGUCACAUGAAACAAGAAGAACGUAUUGCUCGUUACAAAGCUUUCAAGGAUUUCGAAAAACGUAUCUGUGUGUCCACUGAUGUUUUCGGUAGAGGUAUUGAUAUUGAACGUAUUAACCUGGCCAUCAAUUAUGAUUUGACCAACGAGGCCGAUCAAUAUUUACAUCGUGUUGGUAGAGCUGGUAGAUUCGGUACCAAGGGUUUAGCCAUUUCAUUUGUUUCAUCCAAAGAAGAUGAAGAAGUCCUGGCUAAAAUUCAAGAACGUUUCGAUGUCAAAAUCGCGGAAUUCCCCGAAGAAGGUAUUGAUCCAUCCACUUAUUUGAAUAAUUAA